AGAUGUCUGGAGUCGAAUUUAAUAAUUUUCCUUACAAGAAAUCUUAGACAUGGAUUAUUCUUGUUAUUCUAGUCAAAACAUUAAUUUGCAUAAGUAAAGAAAUGUGUAAGAAAUACUGAAGAGCUAAACUUAGCACUAUGGAUGGUGGUGAUAGGAUUCUAGUGGCCGCAGGGCUUACCGCGGCGGUAGUCGUUGGGGCCUUUGUGCUAUGGGGGCCUGGAGGAGCUCCAAGGGUCCGUAAGCGGCGGGGGCAGAUUGCAGGGCUCCAGAAUUUGGGCAGGACGUGUUUCCUAAAUACACUUUUACAGGCCCUAGCAGCGUGCCCUACAUUUAUUGAGUGGCUGAAGAAGUACGCAAAAGCCGAUGCCCAUAAUAGUAUGAUUACGACACUCUACACUGUUAUUGAAGUGGUAAAUGGUACGCAUGAGUCAGCUCGAGGCACCCCAGUGUGUCCCCUAGGAGUGCUACAUUCUCUCCGUGCUGCUGGGUGGGUGGUGCCUGCUGACCAGCAGGAUGCUCAUGAGCUGCUGCAUGUGCUGCUGUCCUGCAUCGAGGAGGAGACUGUUGCCAUGUCUAAAAAGCCUGGUUGCUUAUCAGACGCGCUGGGCCUAGGCGGGGCGCGCGCGUGGUCGGCCCUGGCGUCGCCCGCGUCGCCGCCCGCCGCGCCGCUGGCCGUGCGGGACGAGGGGCUCCCCCCGCGCCCCGCCCGGCCCGCCUCGGCCGCGCCUCCGGGGGAACCCGAUCUAGUCCAUUCCGACGAUCCUCCACCGGAACCAAUGCGGCUUAAAAAGGGAGUGUCGCGCUCAUUCUGCCACUUGAGCUCAGUGGGCAGGCGUUGGGCGGCUGCGCCAGCCAGGCCCCCAGCUUACCCACCCACCCGCGGUACAUUGGCGUCGCGGACUCAUUGCACCGUCUGCUCCACAAAGAGUCCCGUCCGCUACGACAAAUUCGACAGCAUCACACUAUCGAUGGCUAACGCGAGCACGGGGCUCACGGGCACGUAUAGUUUAUCCGGGCUGCUGCGCGCAUUCACGGCGCCGGAGAUGGUCAAAGGCGUGCGCUGCACCAAGUGCUGUCCCGAGGACGCCGCCGCGCCGCCGGGCGCCGAGCACGCCUACACCAAACACAUCCGCACCGUCAACUUCGGAAAGUUGCCGCGCUGCCUGGUGCUGCAGGUGGCGCGCGCGGAGUGGCGCGGCGGCGCGCCGAGCAAGCGCGGCGAGCACGUGGCCUUCCCGGAGACGCUGUGCAUGGCGCCCUACGCCGCGCAGCAGCGCCCGCAGCCGGACCUGGUGUCGCUGAUGGGGGAAGGCCGGCUCCGAAGCAGCCUGUCGGUGCUCAACGCGUCGGCCGGCAGCGCGGUGGACGACCGCGCGCUGUUCCGCCUGUCGGCCGUGGUGGUGCACGUGGGCGGGCCCAGGUCCGGCCACUUCGCCACCUACCGCCGCGGGAACGGCUUCGAGAGCAAACGCUGGUGGUACACGUCGGACACGCUGGUGCACGAGGUGUCGCUGCAAGAGGUACUGCGCUGUGCCGCCUACAUGCUGUUCUACGAGCGCCUCGUCGAGCCGCCGCCGCCCACCACCACGCACUUCUGAGCUGCUCAUGUGGCCCUGGUACCGGACUCGCCGACUCGCCCGAUCUGAGGUCGGCCUGUGCAUGGACAGACAACGCCUCCGGUCUCGCUGAGCCCGCCUCGUGUUCCGAUUGGACUACUGGAUUUUGCGAUACUGCACAUCUCUAAAACUGAAUGAUCUACGUUUGCUUAUUCAAUCGCGUGAAGGUUAACUACGAUUUAUAUAGUAUAGAACGAGCGCCAUCUAGUGGCAAUGUUGGAAAACAGUGUAGUCACUAGAUGGCGCUCUUCAUAUUGUUGUUAACUGUACGCACCUUAAUGGAUUACGUGGGUGGGUAUCUAUACCAUGUGACGGGGCCCGGCUAGGCGGACUUCGUUCCUAUCAAUAUAACAUUUGUAGGUCGUAAUCGAAGGUGUGUUUGAGACCCUGUCACUCAGAAAAAUGGAGCAUAAUCUAAAAUUCGUCUGCACUUCUACAACCAGCGCUGUUGGCGUAACUUUUGCUAAUUAAACGUACACAGAAUUUGCUACUUUAAUGCUAACAACAAUAGGUCUAUUUUCCUUUGAUGUGAUAUUUCAAUUUUCGAAAACGAUUCCUAUGGUUGCAAGCAUGCGCAUCUCAGUCGAGUUCGUAGAAUUUUUUAUAAGACUUGGGUUAUGGGUUAUAAUUAUCUGAUGAAAACGUUAAUGUUAAAUAAUAGCCUAAUAACGUCCCACUAUUGGGCACAGGCCUCCUCACUCUUAGGGUCCUAGAGCAAAGACUACCAUGCUACUCCGUUGACGGGCUUAAACGAUUAUUAUCAUUUAUUAGACUGACGGUUAAACGUGCUCUCCGAAGUGCACAUCAAUUACCUAUCUUCAAGUGGGUACUGACAUUAUCUUCACAGAUUAACGAUCAACGAGGCAGUUAAACAAGAUGGCAAAGCUGGAUUGCCAAAUUCCCGAUCCAGGAAUCGACCCCAGACCGCCUAGAGUUUGUUUAAUAUUAUAAAUAUAUUUGUAUAUUUCGAGUUUCCUCACUCGACUGAUUUUAAAUAUCUGUUAUUUACCUCUGUAUAGAUAACUUUGUGUUAAACAUUAGCUUAGUAACUAUGAGUAUAUAUUGUGUAUUUAAUAUUCAAAUAUGACUGAAUAUGGUUGUUUAACAAAAUUAAAAUUGUUUAUUAAUAAUAAUGGUGCCGAAUCGGUAUCUAGGCCUACUUGAAAUAUACAUGGCUUGAAUACCAUGUACAUAUAUUUCAACUAGGCCUGCCUGACAGGCUGUUCUGAACUGCCUAGUCUGCCGGUUUGUCUUUUGAGAAGGUCAAUAAAAAUCCUUAACUUAAUUAACAGUUCUAUCGUCAUUGUGCCGUCAAUUUUAUAGUGUUCUCUGUUGAAAAGGAUGGCCCAACCUUUCAACCGAUUUCAAGCAGUGUUAUCUAUUUGACGUGAUUUAAGCGUGCUCCACAUUUCCGGCCCACUACUGGGCGCCACGCUGAUCAAGUGAGUAGACACACGCCUUUGAGAAAUGGAGAACUCUCAGGCAUGCAGGUUUUCUCACGAUGUUUUCCUGCACCGUUAAAGAAAAUGGUAUUUUAAAUUACUGAAAUUAAAAAUGUUCAUCGAACGUACUCCAAAAAGUUGAGGUGUGUGAUUUCGGUUAACCCGAAAACGAUGCCGAAUCUCUAAACCACUCUGUCUAUUUGACAAACUUGGGAUUGUAGAAGGAGUAUUCGUCUAUAUUUGUGUAAUCUGGUGAAUAUUCUCCUAUCCAUUCCAUGUCGGUACAUCAGUGUUCUCGGGUAGUUUUGCCAAGUUUUGUGUAUAAGCGAAACUUAUCUCUCCGGAUCCCAGCUGUCUCUCGCCUAGAUAUACAUUAUAAAAUAAAAUAACACCUUGAUACGUACAGCAUCCACAAAAACGUCUUCUAAUCACUGUUCUUUAAUGGAUCACUAAAUAAUAAUAAAAUGUUGCGGCGGCAAGUAUUCUUGUUAAAUACGAGCAUCUGUUUUCAACUCAGCUAACCGGGAAUGUAGAAGGCGCUCUAGUGUGUUCUCGCCAUUUUUCUUUCGUCGACAGAAGUUUUAUCUCUCCGCAAACUCCGGGAAUAUACAACAGGCUUUAGUUUUGGCGGUGUUACUAAGUUUGUCUGUCAAAUUUGAAAAAAAAAAUUGGUUGCAAUCUUUUUAAUCUCAUUCUAGAGCUGUCAAUUAAGUUAUGCAAUUAUACUCAAUCGAAUUACAUCUAUUAUGAAAUGAAAAAUUGAUAUAUAUUAUAAAAAUAAAGUAUGUAGCUACGAGUAAUUUUAUUAGUCAGACAUUUUUGAUAUUAUUUUUUACAUUUUAGAUAAUAUUAGUUUUACCGGUGACUGAAACUAUCCUUUUGUGUGAAUAGCAAGCCAUACCUUUUAAUUAGGCUACUUUGACAUAACGUUACCCUAUUCAAAUGAUCUGUAAAUGCCAAAGUGAUAGUAGAUUGGUCAACAUGGGGUAAUGCAAUGUGACGAGGGAUUGUAGAGUAACAUAUAGCAUAAUAAGGGUGUUGCAUUUAGGAUUUAUUUAGUGGCGCCCCCAAAAUACCAAUCGUUCGUUCGAACUACUCAUAAUAUUCCUACAACUUGUGGAUUAUAGAGAUACGAUAACUUUUUAUUACUUUAUUGAACUUACACUCGCUACACUCUUCAAGGUUUUGGUAAAACUAUUUAUUGCUAUGAUAUUAUCCCAUAGACACGAUUGCUGUUUCCAACGCGUUGAGAUGUCAUUUCUGCUCGCUCGUUUCCCUUUUUGUAAGCUAGUUCUCUAUCUUAUACGUGAGUUACUAGCAUUUCCUUUGAUAUUAUCAAAUGAGGUGUCUUCGUUUGGUGCUUAUGAUGUCACAUGUGAGUAGUUAUUGCAAUUUCUAUGAAAGCCUUGUGGACUAACUAUGUUAUGUAAUUGUUUUAAUUAACAUAGAUAACUCUUAAAACAUCUACUCGUAUUUUCCUAUUGCAUUUUGGAAACGCUAGACACAUAUCUCUCGACAAAAUUUUCUAUAAACAUUUUUCAUCUUAAAUUAAGCUAUUUUGCUUAGUUAAUUAGCAGACAUAGACUAAAGAAGAAAGAUGGAAGGAGAAUUUGCCAACACGCCAAUCAUAAAAGUUUUGACCAAUGUGCAAUGCUGUUCGUUAGUAUUUUUACGCGUUGGCUACGCGUUAUACUUUGACCCAAGUCGCACUUUAGCACUUUCGCAGCUGAUCUCUUUUGUAUUUCUAUAAAGCUGUCCUUGAAUCGUGUGUUACCCUUUUAAAAAGGUGGCUGGCGGAACCUUAACAAAUCUUUAAGGCUCUUACGAAUAAUUAAUAAUAAUAAUUAUUAUUUAUAUGAUUCUUUAAUUAAGGCCCUAGGAAUACCUGUUAUCUGAAAAUUAUGCAUUGCCUAGUUAUAUUAACGAAUAAUAUAUCCGUAUAUAAAUUGAAAUCUGUGCUAUGGGCAUGUGACUGCUCGACCAUUUUGUGUAAAGCUAGUCCUAUUCCAGUCUAUAUUUUUUCUUUAGUCUAUGAAUGUUAUUACUAAAUUGAUUCCUACAUGCUUUGGGACCGGUACCGUAUGGCUGCUACCCUAACCUUUACCCCUGUCCACAAGAAUUUUUCUUAAAAUGUGAAAUGAAUGUAGGCAGAUUUUUAAAAGGUGUUCAACUUUUUAAUACGUUAAAAAAAAAUCUCGAAGAAUUACCAUUAUUAUAUGUAUCAUCAGCGGUUAGGGUAGCUGACCUAAGGCAAACCAUCCAAAAAUUUACCCAGUUCAAAUUUACUGAUAAAUUUAUAAACAUUUUUCUCCGUUCUACAUGUCUUAAAACAUUGACGUCCCGGAUUCUAGUUUUUGCUAGAUUAGAAAAUAACUUAUUAUGGUACUAACUUAUUUUUGAUUGUGUAUUUGCUUACCUACAGUUUUCUACAAAUAUAUAAACUUGUUAUUAUUCAAGGCAUGUUUUAAUACUUAUGGUAACUUUUCUAUAAUGUUCCUUCACCAAAGUUAAUAAAGCUGUAUGAAGUCUUCGCUGCGCGAGGCGCGAUGUACUAGAAGUUUUCUAGUGGAUUUUCCUCAAAUCUUAAACACAUGUAAAGUCAACUUACAUGACGUGAUCUUUGUAUACCAGUAAAAUCUGGAAGACUAUAGUUAACUAUUUUGAUUAACUAAAUUGACAGGACUUAAACCAUUUCGAUCUCUUUCUUAUCAUUAUUUACAGAAAAAAAUGCCAAUAUUUUUAGACCAAUCAAAGUUAUGUUUUGGGUACCUACAAAGUCGGUGCCAUUGUCUGAUCAAAUUCGGUUUGGAAACUCUUGUUAUUUAAGAAUGAAAUAAAAAUAUUUAUAAGUUGCCAUAAAAGAGGCUGUUUCUACUUAAUGCAUUAUAAUAAUAAUUGUGAUUCAGAUAGGUAAUAUUACGUCUGCUUAUUAGAUAGGAUGUAGAAUAUUGAAUUAUAUCGAUCGUUAUUUCAAUUUAGGUCAGUAUUUUUAAAAUGCUCACUUUUUGCCCUUUAGAGCACUUUUUUAGAUUUAUGCCUUUAAAAUAUGACCUAACCACACACGAGAAAAGAGUGAAAGUACUUAAACACACGUAUCACAUCACAUACAUAUUUCGCUUAUCAAUCUGUGUAUCUAUUUGUGUUGUAAAAUAACCCAAUAUCUGUUAUCCGGUUGAUCGCAUGUUGUCCUAAUUCAUCACUAAAGUAAAAGUUAGUGCCACGUUUUUAACAAUGUUCCUUUCGAAAAAGGACGAUACAACUAUUUAGACAUUUUAAGACGUGCGAUCAGCCAUACGAUGUAUGAAAUAUGAAAAAAUAUUGUCUAAAUGCUUUAUACAUAUAUAUAUUGUUUAUUUGUCUGUCACAAUAAAAAUUAAAUUUGUAGCAUUUCAGAUUUGAUAUCUUAGAGUGGAAUGACUGAAAAUGUAUUUAGCUUUAACAAUAUAAUUCUAUAAUGUGUUCUUGUUUUGUGAUUUAAAAUUUGUUGCAUUUACAUAAUAAUAAAAAGUUUUCGUUAUUUAUAGUAAAUAUUAAUUUUGCAAAGUAGUUCCACGAGUUUCCUGGUCACGGUACAAGUUCUUGUUAUUACUUGUACUUACUUUGGGUUCAACAAGCCAGUCACAUGAGUGGUUCUGAAAAAAAAAUCAGAAAUUCAUUUGUGUAACCUGAAAAUGUUAUUUAUGCAUUUUUUUUCAGCAAGUAUAAAAAGGUGUAUAAUUCUGUCCACCUGUACGCUGCCACUCAAAGGGUAAAGAGGGCUUUGAAACCUGUGUUUGCAAUCAUUUUUACAAUUAAUUUCGUCCCAUAUAUUAAGUACCUAUCUAGUUUUGUACCUACACUUUUGUUUUAAUGUUUUUUUUUCUAUAGCAUAUUGUUUUAUUCGUUUAGAUACUUCAUUUAAAUUGUAGGCGGCUUAUGUUUUAGAUAUUGACGACUCAAUUGUGUUAUGUUACUAAUAUAGUAUUCCAGGGCCACGACUAUGUGAUAAGUAACGUUGUACCCAUAUAGCCGGCUGAGCUAAGACUGAGUGCCAAAUGUGAGUUUCUGUACGUUUGCUUAUUCGAUCGCGCGAAAGUUAUAUGGUAUCGAAAGAGCGCCAUCUAGUGACGAAUAAGUAAACGUAGGUAGAAAAUCUCACACUCAGCACUGUGAUUAUGUCUUGUUAGGUUAGUCAACCAGUUGAUUCUUGAUAAAACUCUUUAAAAUAUGAGAAAUGGCCAGAUUCGGAAUGUCGAUGCUGUCUAGAAAAAUUUAUCAAAGUAUAUUAUAACCUUAACCUUGGCACAUAAAAACAUGUAAUUGUUGUGAAAAAAUUAAGAUGAAGUGAAGAUAGUAUUUCGAUUUUAAAAAAAACAAGAAUUAUUAAUAUUUAAGGAAUUAAGAAAAUCGAUCCGUAAAGAAUUGGUUGAUGUUUUCAGUUCGAAACGCCCCGCCCCUCGCUCGGUAUUCUCCACGCAGCCGUUAUCGUUUGUGGGCAACGCCGCUUAAAACAGUAUUAUAUCACACGAAAUUAUUUUUUUAUACUAUUCAGUGGAGGAAACAUACUUGACGUUUUAAAAAGUGAUGACAUAAACAUCAUUUUAUAAUUUUUGAAAAAGUCAAGUUUUCUCCGCGGAUACCCAUUGCCCUGGGGUAUAACUAUAGCAUAUCAUGAAGUGGCAUAGUAUUGUUUGAUUUCGUUCCUAGUAUAUGUGAGAUUGAGACUUGAUCUUCCCUGGAACUGCUGUGUCAAUGUAGAUAGGAUGUCCUGUUUGAUCUAAUUAUAUUAUAAAUGAUAAAUAAAGUAAUAAUAUUAAA